AGAACACUUGAAAAGUAUAGAUAAGCCUCCAUUCCUUAAGCUUACCCAUUGAAGACCAGAAAAUACUUCCCUCAACCUCCCAUUCCUGCUAGAGCUCAAACCUCCCUUUCUCUCUCCAAUGGCGGCCUCUGCAACUCCCUUCUCCACCACCUCCUCCACCCGUUUCUCUCUCUUCCCCAAACCCACUUCUACCACACUCUUCUCUUUCUCAGACUCCUCAAAACCCCUCUUCCUUUCUCUCUCCUCUACUCGCUCAUUCCCAACUCAACUCUCUUGCACCAAGAAAGACGGAAUUGACAUCACCUUCUUCGAACAGGAUAACCCAGACGAACAAAUCACCUUCGACCCCCCUGAAAAGCCCGAGGGUUUCGUCCCUCCUCGCGCCAUUGAUGAACCCCCAUUUGAGUCCGAGGAGGAUAUUGCUCGAGCUUAUGAGGAGCUCUAUGGUCCUGCUUACAGUGGUGAGACUUUUCUUGGGAAUGACAUCUAUGCUAUGGAUUCUAAGGUUAAGAAGUCUACUGGGUUUGGGUCCAAAAGUAAGAAAGAGAAGAUUCGAGAUGGGUUUGAUGAGAAUGUAGUUCAGGUUAGAAGAGUGACUAAGGUGGUUAAGGGAGGGAAGCACAUGAGGUUCAGGGCAGUUGUGGUGGUAGGUGAUAAGAAGGGCCAAGUUGGCGUUGGAGUUGGUAAAGCUAAGGAGGUGAUUGCUGCAGUUCAGAAGGCAGCAACAGAUGCUCGUCGGAACAUUAUAACUGUGCCCAUGACCAAGUAUCUGACUUUCCCUCACAGAAAUGAGGCUGACUAUGGAGCAGCAAGGGUGAUGCUUCGACCAGCAGCUCCUGGUACAGGAGUUAUUGCAGGUGGUGCUGUCAGAACUGUGUUGGAGAUGGCAGGUGUUGAGAAUGCAUUGGGCAAGCAAUUGGGAAGUAAUAAUGCACUUAACAACGCUAGAGCUACAAUUUUGGCAGUGCAAACUAUGAGGCAGUUUAGUGAAGUGGCCCGUGACCGUGGGAUCCCCAUGGAGGAACUCUGGAAGUGAUGCACAGUCUAAUGUAUGCAUCUUUGUUGAUUCCUUUCUUACCCUUCUGUUGUUACAUCUAAUUGUAAAUUUAUUACAUUGUCAAUGCGUUGUUCUAGUAAUCUGAUAGAUCACUUUGUUGAACUCCCAAGUAUAGCCAGCCAUUAUAAAUUUUGAGCUAAAAGUCUUGUGAGCCACCAAUGAAUCAAUGAUGCCUCGGAAAUUUUUUUAAUCAGACGUUGCUGUUCGUUUUGAAGGAAUGUGAAUGAGAGCAAUUGUAUUUGAA